UUUUUUUUUUUUUUUUCUUUUUCCUCUGUGACUGGAGCACAUAGGCUUUGAUCAAAGGAGCUGGAAGAGGAAUUUAAAAUAACUUGGAGGAAAAAAAAAAAAAUUCUCCAAACAUGUUACUGCUGUUGUGUCUAUGCUGUCUCAGCUAAAGGCCCUUCUCGGCAGCGCUUCUGCAGGAUGUGCGACAGGAACGGCGGGAGACGGCUCCGGCAGUGGCUGAUCGAGCAGAUCGACAGCGAGCUCUACCCUGGGCUCAUCUGGGAAAAUGAGGAGAAAAACAUGUUCCGCAUCCCCUGGAAACACGCCGGGAAGCAGGACUAUAACCAGGAGGUGGACGCCUCUAUUUUCAAGGCCUGGGCCGUCUUCAAGGGCAAGUUCAAGGAGGGCGACAAAGCGGAGCCGGCCACCUGGAAGACGCGGCUCCGCUGCGCCUUGAACAAGAGCCCCGACUUCGAGGAGGUGACGGACAGGUCCCAGCUGGACAUCUCCGAGCCCUACAAGGUCUACCGCAUCGUCCCGGAGGAGGAGCAGAAGUGCAAAAUAGGCAUCGUGAACGGGAGCAGCCUGGCCGAAGUCGCAGACAUGGACUGCAGCCCCUCCACCAUCGAUGACCUGAUCAAAGAGCCCCCCUGCGUAGAUGAAUACCUGGGUAUCAUCAAGAGAAGCCCCUCGCCCCCUCAGGAGACUUGCAGAAACCCCCCGAUACCGGACUGGUGGAUGCAGCAGCCCAGCCCCGCUUUGCCCCUGAUGAACGGAUACUCGGGCUAUGAGCAGCACCAUUCGGGUUACUCCCAGAUGGUGAUCAGCUUCUAUUACGGAGGGAGGCUGGUUGGCCACAUCACCACCUCUUACCCCGAAGGCUGCCGCAUCUCGCUCAGCCAGCCCUCCAGCCACAGCGAGAAGCUCUAUGCCCCGGACACCCUGGAGCACGUGAGGUUCCCGUCGGCUGAAGCGAUCCAGAACGACCGCCAGAAGCAGAUCACCAAGAAGCUCUUUGGGCACCUGGAACGAGGCGUCCUGCUGCACAGCAACAAGCAAGGCAUCUUCAUCAAGAGGCUGUGCCAAGGCAGGGUCUUCUGGAGCGGGAACACCAUGGUGUACAAGGACAGGCCCAACAAACUGGACCGGGAUGAAGUGGUGAAGAUAUUUGACACCAACCAGUUCUUCCGAGAGCUGCAGCAGUAUUACAACAACCAAGGCCGCUUCCCGGAGAGCAGAGUCAUGCUGUGCUUCGGCGAGGAGUUCCCAGACGCGGUGCCGCUGCGGUGCAAGCUCAUCCUUGUUCAGGUGGAGCAGCUGUGUGUCAGGCAGGUGGUGGAGGAGGCUGGCAAGACCUGCAGCAGCAGCCCCAUGCUGCCCAUCGCGGAUGAGACGCAGCACGACCAAGUGUACAGGAUCUUCCAGGACAUCUGCGGGACGCACCAGCGGCCGCUCUUCCGAGAAAACCAACAGAUCGCUGUCUGAGCCGCCGCCUUCUCGACAGACGCAAUACAGCUGUUUGGGUUAAUCUAGAUCCAGUUUGGUUCCAUUAGUGCCUAAACUCUCCUUUUGGAAAGUGUCCUCUGGUUCUUGUCGUUCUUUGCUGUUUCCAGUCUAGAGUCUGUAUAAACACAGCAGUAAAAAUUGCUAUUUGUGAGUAAGUUGGAUCCCCAGUGUCAGGUCUGGAGAUGCUUUACUGAUAACAAUGCCUUUUGUGCCAAACGAGAGUCCUCGUAUCGCUGCGGACGGCAAGGGGAGGAGAGCAGUGUGGAGCUGGGUGGGGUGAUCCAAACUAGCAGCGCUUUGUGCUGCCUCUGCUAAGAGCAAGUCAGGCAGAACUGAAAAUCAGCAGCUAUAACGACCUGCCCCAGUCUGCAACUUGGACCUGGCUGAGAAUAUCAGCUUGGAAGGAGGUGGCUCCUGGAAAAGCUUUAAAAUGCUCAAAUGUAGUAAAUUCUUCCCAGAAAUCAGUUUUUCCCCAGGGGUUUGUAAUACUGCUGAUAGAGGAUAAGGUAUGCCUUCCAAGGAAAAGUUCCUCAAAGAAAUUCCUAUUUGUUAUUUUUGCUAUGAGAUUUAUAUUUUUGUCUGUAAUAUGGAAGUACUUUGAAAUUUGGAAACCAGUGCAGAGAUUAUAUAUGUAAAUGUUGGCUAUAGGAACCUAGGAGUUUUAAUUCCUCUAACCAGAGACAGAGUUUAUAUAAAUAUAUAUAAUGUUUUAUUUUAAAGGUCUCAGCAUAGUGUUAAUAGUUGGCUUCACCCUCCAGCGCGCACGUGUUGGUCUCUCCCAAGCGUGACCAGGCAGCAGCGUCCAUGUGUAAAGCCUCAUUAACAUGCUUUCUGGGCGUGUUGCUAGGACGUGGGGCUUGUGCCUUGCAGCUGACAACAAACCAGGACCGUGCAUGUGGUGCUAAGGCUGCCUAUUUAUUUUAUGCCUGAGUUUUGUUAAAUGUCUUUUGUAAUUUUUUUUAUUUUGCUGCAAUUAAAGUGCUAUAUUUUGUA